AUGACAGAUUCCGACACCCAAACACCGCCAUCUGAGCGACGGCCGCUCCUCUCGCCAGCGACUGCGCAACAAGAUGUGACGCCAAGUCGAACUAGCCUACACACAAUAGGAACAGUGAUGCUUAUGGCUCUUCUGAUAUUCAUCCAAGCAACAAAUAUAUCGAUGAUGACAACCGCCCAAUCUGCAAUCGCCGCUGAUCUCGAUGCCUACGCAGAAACAACUUGGUUUACAGCUUCCUUCAUGAUUGCGACCUCUAGCGUAACUCCCCUGGUUGGACGACUCUCAGCUAUCUUCACCCCGCGUCUUUGUUUAGUUGUCUCCAGCACAAUCUUCUCGCUUGGCCUCUUCAUCACGGCGUCCGCCCCUUCGCUGGCCGUUUUCAUACUGGGACGAGCUAUUUCGGGCUGGGGAAGCGGUGGGUUAAUGAGUAUAACCAUCAUAUUGGUACUGGAUUUUGGGAGUUCCAAGAGACGGGGACUAUUGAUUGGACUCAUCAGUUCUGGAGUUACGACAGGCGUUGCAUCUGGUGCAGUCCUUGCAGGUCUUCUGACUCCCUUAGUUGGAUGGCGUGUCAUAUUUUGGGUCCAAGCUCCAAGCGCUUUAGUUCUUGGCCCACUCCUCUACUACGCCAUUCCACCAUCAUCAAGUGAUAGAAAGCAACGAGAUGAUUCAAUCAUUUCUAGUCUUGCCCGCAUUGAUUAUGCAGGCUCUGUGACACUAACAAUCGGAAUUAUUUUAUUCUUGACAGCUUUGGCCUCGCCAGAGAUUCUCAUAUGGCCCAUUCCAAUAGCAUUGGGUGUGUUUGCUGUAUUCUUUGUUAUAGAGUCUCGGUGGGCCCAUGAACCUAUUAUUCCAGUCCAUAUUCUUCUAGACCGUGGUGUUCUCUUAUCAUGCCUGGCUGGUGUUGGCUUCAUGAUGGCUCGAUGGGCUGUUGUAUUCUUCACUCCCUCCUACGCCAUUGCAGUUCGAGGAUGGCCUCCUGCUUCAGCGGGUCUUAUUCUAGUUCCAACAAAUGCCGGGUUCGGAGCUGGAGGAUUGCUUGUUGGAUGGCUCCAUAUUCGUAAUGCUAGUAGCUAUUAUACUUCAUGUCUUGUGCUUUUCAUUCUAUUUGCAAUCUCGACGGCAACUCUUUCGGUUUUAUCUUCAGAGGACUCCCCCGCUGCUCUAUAUAUGGCCAUGACCUUUUUCAAUGGACUUUUUGCCGGCGCCCUGGUCAACUACUCGCUCUCCCAUCUGCUGUUCCUCACAGACAAAAAUAUGCACUUUAUCGUCAGUGCCUUAUUUACCUCAUUCCGGGGAAUUUCAGGGAGCUUUGGAUCAGCGAUUGGAGGCGGAUUCUUCACUCGUGUUCUCAAGAAGUCACUAGAAGAAGGCUUUUCCAAACAGGGAAUCACCCCCAAUCCAGACCUUGUACGCACCCUUCUGGGGAGUCCUGCUACGGUCUCACAAUUAGAAGGCAUUGAGCAUCUAGUUGCCAAACAGAGCUACGAACAUGCGUUCCGCAUGCUGUUUUUAGCUGGCUGUGCUAUAGCAUUAGGAUCGACAGUCAUUCAAGCGGGAACGGGGUGGACAGCUGGGGACCAGAAAGGGAACGAAGAUUGGGAGACUGAACGCAAUCCUUAA